AUGUCACGUAUGUGGGAGGUCGAUCCGGAGACUAAGGCCAAGCUCCUUCAGUACUCGAAAGUCAAUGGAAACGACCGAUGUUGCGACUGUGGUGCCCCUUCUCCUCAAUGGGCUUCACCCAAAUUCGGGACCUUCAUCUGUCUUAACUGUGCCGGCACCCACCGCGGGCUGGGGGUGCAUAUUUCCUUCGUCCGAUCUAUUACCAUGGACGCUUUCAAAAACUCCGAAACACAGCGCAUGGAAUUAGGGGGCAACGACCCUUGGAAGAAAUUCUUUGACUCGCACCCAAUCACACAAUCCGAGGGUCGCACGUUCGAAGAUUCAACAAUCAAAGAGAGGUACGAGGGCGAAGUUGGCGAGGAGUGGAAGGAGAGACUCAGCGCUAAAGUCGAGGGGCGAGAGUUCGUACCUGGCCAACGGCCUGCGCAACAGACCAAAAAAAGCGCAGUUGACAUUGGAGAAUCGAGAUCAAGUACUCCUCUCUCCAACGCAGGGCUGACGAGGGGUUCUUCCGCUUCUCCGGCUCUACAAGAGGGUCCUGGUGGGCUUGAAAAUGCCGGCGUGAGUCGUAAAGCGCGCAACGAGGCAUAUUUUGCCAAAAUGGGGUCCGAGAAUGCGAUGCGAUCGGAAUCUCUUCGCCCUUCUGAGGGCGGCAAGUUCACUGGGUUUGGUGGAGGAUUGCCCGUGGAGGAGUCGCCAAAGCCACGGGCUGGGGCCGGGAUUCCGGCACUUGACGAUUUUCAGAAGGAUCCUGUAGCCGCGUUGACGAAGGGCUUCGGCUGGUUCACGACGACUGUGGGUAAGAGCGCGAAAACAGUCAAUGAUUCGUUUAUCCAGCCUACUGCGAAAACGCUCGCUGAAUCCGACUUCGCCGCUCAGGCGCGCCAACACGCUGCCCAACUCGGGCAGAAUAUUCAAGUAGGUGCCCGCGGCGCCGCCGACUCAUUCAACCGCUUCGUCGAGGGUUCAGACGUCCCCUCCACCAGACGUGCACGCGCCGAGCCCGAGCGCAAGGACUUCUGGGACGACUUUGCGUCCUUAGGUGCGCAAGAUAACCACCGCAGGAAUACAUCAAGGUCCGGUGCCCUGGGGACGACGGCAAUGAAACCAGGCCCAGGGGCUUCUUCGUCGGCCACAGCAUCUACAUCUGUUAGCUCGGGUUCGGGAUCAGCCCCCGUCGGUUCGGGUACAGGUACCGGGAGAGGGUCAUCGCCCACUCCAGCUUCAAGAAAGAGUCAGGAUGAGGGGGCAUGGGAUGAUAAUUGGUGA